AUGGCUGUCCUCAUCCUCCUCUUCUCCCUGCUCCCUCUGCCGAGCUCCUCCGCGGCGUCGUCGGCGCAUCCUUCCUACGACGGCGCCACCCAGUUUUGCAGCCUCGCCGCUGGCGAGGUGGCAGCUCCGGAGAGAAGGGAGGUCUACGAUGGAGGGAGGAUCAUCGACAUCAGCCACCGGUUUCACGAGAGCAUGCCGUCGUUUGAAUCCGAUGAGGGGGUGGGGCAGUUCCUGUGGCUCCCCGAGAGUAUGAAGAAUGGGUCGAAGGCGAACGGCUCUGUUGUGAAGCUUCACGUCCACACGGGCACCCACGUCGACGCCCCCGGACACUUCUUCCAGCAUUACUUUGAGGCCGGUUACGAUGUCGACACCCUCGAUCUCUCAGUCCUCAACGGUAAGGCUACCAAAUCCUGCCUCGCCGUCCUUCCAAUCUGCCUGUUGUUCUGCUGUUUGAUGGCCACCAGUUCAGGCCACCAUUAACAUCUUUUAUUGUCUAUUGUCGUUGUUUUUCCUCCACUUUUUACGCUGGCAGGGACGGCGAUCUCCUCCCCCUCCCUCCUUCCCCAUGUAUAUAUAUACACAUAUAUAGAAGGGACCGUUGUUGUCUUUUUUCUCCGAUUUUAUAUCCAAAUGGUAAAAUGACCGUUCUUUCGAGUCACGUAUGUGAUGGUGUGCGGUAGCUAUUUAGAAUACAUUUCAUGUGUUCCCCUUCUUCCGUUGAUCCAUGUGCAAUAAAUAUGAAACUUCUGCUUGAUUAGUUUUUCUUUUACAUGGACGAAAUAAAAUUAGGUGGGUUUCCACGAUGAAUUUUUUUGAGGCACAUUCCAUAUGCAGUAUGGAUUGGUCAUGGUGAACAUAAUAAUCGACUAUCUGAAUUGCAGUUGGUUUUUAUCAUCGUACAAAUGGCAGAUAUUGUUCAUCAGGUGUGAUUUGAUUUUCUAGGCACAAUCCAUGAAGGAUUCUGUUAUACUCUCCUUAACAACAUUUUGCUUGGUGUAAACUUAGUCGCUCUUCAUCAGGUGCAGAGGAAGAAGUUUCUGAUGCAUUCUGUUGCCUUUGCAUUUAUCUGAAGGCACAGUUAAUCUGGAGGCUGGCUUUCUUCUAUUGGUUAGACUUGAGGCUUCUGUUAGCUGUUUAUUUUGCUAAGUUUCGGGACUUGAUCCUUGAGAUGGGAACUGAUGUGUAGGGGGACAAAGUGUAUAGGGAGGGAGGGACUUCUCUAGAUUGUUCUGGAUUAGAUAGCUACGGACUUCUCUUCUUUAUGUCAUAAAUUUCUUUUAAAAUUUGAUGUUAUUGUUGUUAUUUUUCUGGGGCAUAUUUUCACUUUAAAUAAAAUUUGAUGUUAUUUUUGUGCUUUACGCAUCUGUUGAUUUUAUAUGAAUGAGUAUGAUUAUUAAAUCUUUGUACGUUCAAUAGCUGAUGGUCAAAGUAAUGUGUCUCCUUUCAGUCAAGUCCUCACCCAUAACAAAUGCCGUAUUUUCUUUGUUUCAAAACACUAAAAGCCAAUGUAAAGUGUAUAGGUUUAAUAAUCGCACAAAAAAAGUACCGCUUACUCUGUAAACGGACUGAUUUAUCUAUAGCCCUCAUUGAAUUUUUGAUAUUUUAACAGGUCCAGCCUUGUUAGUGGAUGUUCCGAGAGAUAAAAACAUUACUGGUAAGCCCGUUGACUUGGUAGACCCGUCCUUCUUUUGCUAUAUUAGUCAAGAGAACAAAGUGUAAUAUUGACAGAACUUGGCAUUUUUUUGGAAGUUAUAGAAGAGGAUAUAUUUGAUAUCUUUUCUGGUACAUUGUGUUUCAGAAUUCUAUAAUGUAUUUGUAUUUAACGGUCAACAAGAAUUCCAGUUCAAAGUUACUGGGAGAGUGAUUUAAAUCACUUGAUGCAAAACGAAAUUUCAUUUUUUAGGGACCUGUGAUGCUGAACAAAUAUAGUUUUCGCUAGAGUGAUGAAACUAAUUUUAGUUUGUUCAUUGGAAUCUACUGGCUGAUGAUAGCCUCUAUUGUGCAGCUGAAGUUAUGGAGUUUCUGCAUAUACCCAAGGGUAUAACACGUGUGCUUUUCAGGACAUUAAACACUGACAGGUAUUUCUUACGAUUUGCUGCAUUGAUCUACCACCUGUGGUAACAUGGUAGGCACACAGAAUUUCUCUACUUUUUAAAUUAUACUAAAGCUUUUAUUUUUUUCGUGGUUCUAUGCUAGUUACUUUUUUGUUGUUGUUAAUUUUAAUGAUAUUCUUUGAGAUUAUACAUUUGUUAUGAUUUUUCGCAAAUGUGAAUGCAUUAAACCCAUUUAAGGCAAGGUUAUGUGGCAUUUACUUAUAGCUAUUUUUUCCUUAGUAUGUAGUUUUCCUGGAUUGCUGCUUCAAUUCUAUUAUCACUGUUCUGAAAUCAUGUAACUGGUUGUUGUCACAGGACAGAAAAUGUUUAAUUUUCUUCAUUGGGAUUUUUAACACGUUUUUUAUAAUCAGCUUCUCAUUCACUUAUUGUUGAUUCAUGUUAUUGAUCUAAUUCAGGAGUACCCAUUUGACUUCUGUUUUUUUUGUCGUAUCUCUCAUCUAAAUUUUUUAUUGAGUGACACCAGAAGGAAAUAUGUCGAGUCCAACAUGCCUACAGAUCAUUCAAAAGUUCUAUGGAUGUAUCUUCCAAUGCUUAGCCUUUAAAACUUAUGUCUAGUAAACCAUUCCAGAUGGAGUGAUGGAAUGAUAUGAGCACACCCUGAUUUCCACAACGUCAUACAUGUUUUGAGAUAUAUCAUCAUCAUCAUCACCAUCCCUAAGAACUGCAACGAGGUAAGGUCUUCUUGGUGACGCAACCUCUCCUUUCUAUUGCUUGGAUUUAGGGAGGCAUGACAUGUGCUGGCACUAGUCUUGUUGUCCAUCGGCACAGCCACUGAGACUUCAUGAUCCAUCCCUGCAUGCCAGGAACAGUUUCACAUAGAUCUUGUCUACUGCCAUCGUGCCAACCAACUGCCCCCUUUUCAUCCCUCUCCAUGAAGUUGUGUGCGAAUGUCACCCAUGCUACAUGUCUAAGGUAGAAGUCCAAUGUUGACAAUAUGCUCUUAGACUCCUUUAUUAUUAUCUGAGAUUCCCAUCCACUGAGAAUUGGUGUAGAGGCAUUGAAGAAUUUGUCGACCGUUGGGAUAAGGAAGUCAUCUACUACAGUGACCUGGUUUAGAGCCCUGUACUCAACACAUAAUCUCUAACUAUGGUCCUUUUUACGUACCAUGAGAGCUGGACUAGAGAAAGGGCUCGUUGAGAACUGAAUGAGUCCUUGGUUCAUCAUUUUCUGUACCAAAAUCUCUAUUGCAUCUUUCUACACGUGAGGGUAUUGGAAGGGCUGAACAUUGACUGAUUGUGCCCCCUCUAAGAGGUGAAUGACAUGCUCAACCUCACGCGGAGGGGGGAGUGAGCUGAUUGGGGUGAAGACUUGUGGAAAUUCAGACUUGAUUUGUUCCAUAUGGAUGCAAGAUGUCUUUGUUGUUGUCUCUAAGGCUGGACUGCUGUUGUCAUGCUGUUCUGUUCGCUGGUCAGUUGCUGUGAUGGUAGGUUUCAGCUUUGGUUCUUGUUCCUCUUCAGUUGUUGACGUCAUCGUUGACUGCUAGAUUGCUACUGUCCUAUUGUUCUGUUCAUUGAUCAACUGCUGUGAUGAUAAACUCCAACUUGGGUUCCUAUUCCACCAUUGCCCCCUUUUUUCUGGAUCUAUCUCACAUCAAUUACUCAACCCCUUCCACCUAUAGGUAGUUUUAGAGUGGGGUUAGGUGGGUAAUACCAUCUGGUAGUAUGAAUUUUAAGAACAAACCUAAACUGCUGAGUGACUCCUUGCAACGUGAACUUUUUGUUGUUGAGUUUGAACUGCAUGAUCAGUAGCCCCUAAUGGAUCUUGGUAUAUCUUUCCUCAUUAAGAUAUUCUUUCGCAACAAUAAAAUAAGAAGAAGAGGAAUAGUGAUAAAUGAGCGGAGGCGCUAGGAAAAAUAAUUGGAUUUAACAGCUAAAUAAGCUCCUAAAUGCAGCUGACUGUGCGCAACCAUUGAAUAUCAACGAUAAUAUUUUGGUUGUGUAGUUUGAGAGGGAGAAAACCUUAUGUAAUUUUUAUAACGUUGGACUUCGAAGGUGACUCUCAUGUAGAUGCUGCUCCCACCAGUAGACAUUCCAUCACCAAGCACAAUUUCAUACCUUUGUGCGACUUGAUGAGUCGCCCUAGAAUCGAUGAGUAUUGUGAUGGUCUGUGUCCUUAGGGUUCCUUUGAGCUUCAGCAUCUUAAGGGUUGCUCGGCUUGUUAUUGAGUUGAGGGAGACCUCAGUUGUCCCUGUGGGGAUUUCCUUGGUGGCCCCUAGGGACACCUGCGACUCUUGACUGAUUUCUUCCUCAUCAUUGUUCGAAUCAACGUUGCUGAUAAUUAGAAUCCUUAGCUCCUUCCUACAACGGUGUCUUGGGGCCUCUUGUCCCAGUGGAAAUAGAGCCCCUUUGGUUUUUGUUCUUCUAGCUCCCCAUCAACAAGUUUGAUCUUUCUUCCUUGCGACUUGAAUUCCCACGAUUGUUUGGUGGCCCCUUUAGCACUAUAAUUGUAACUUGUUGGUUGGUGAGUCACGGUGGCAAUGGGCGAUGGCAUACUCAGAAUGGGCUGUCCAGCAUGUCGGAAUUUGGUUCCUUGGGCACUCCAUGGUGAUGUCUUCAGGUUCCCUCCUUCUUUUGUGCUCCAUAGCUUGCUGAGUUGCUCCCACCCCCCUCUGCGCCAUGUUCAUUACCUCCAUCAAGCUUGUUGGUUGAACAUGUUAAUCUCGGUUAAGAUUUCCAGCUUCAGCCUGCCUAUAAAGGUAUUUUCCAUGACUACUUCUGGUAGCUUAGGGAGAAAUGCUGACAACACCACAUAAUCUCUUCGAAAUUCAGCUAUGAUCCCUUUUUGUGUUAGCUUCAAAGAUUUUUGGUAGAGACUAUUGCCUUGGACAGCCCUAAAUCAUUGAAGUAGCUGGUUCUUCAUGUCUUGCCAGUUUCGGAAAGGAUGGUGAGCUCCGACCCACAUGUCCCAGCCCCACAUGUACCAGCCCAAUGUGUCACCCCCAAACCUCGUCACUGCAUAUUGGACGUGGUUGUGCUCUAGAGUAUUGGUCAGCUUGAAGAAGAGCUCUACUUGGAAUAUUCACCCAGCUGAGUAGUCCCCAGUGAAGACUGGGAUGUCAAGAUGAGUAGCCACUCGUCAGUUAUAGGUGACAUCCCUCGGUUCUAUAGUUUCUCACCGAUUUCGCCCUGCUGAGGAUUUCGGUUCCUCCAUAGUGUCACACAUGCGGAAGGAGGUCGUAGGUGAACCCUCAUUCUCCUCCAUCUGCGGCAAUGGUCGGAGUUCCAAGCUCUUGAGUCGUUGUGCUAGCUGACCCAGGAGGUGGGCGACAUUGCACUCCAUCUGCCCCAUGUGCCCUUUUAUGGCUGCCAUUUCCAUCUCCAUGGCAUCCAAGCACUGAGAAGGGUUUUUCAAGCUUCCUUCUUCCCGAGGCAUAGCUUUGAUACCAGUUUGUGGGGACCCUGCAGCUGGUGGACAGAAACACAGCAAGAAUACGAGUUAUAGAAGAAAUGAAAAUGAUAGAAUAAGCAAUUUCCCGGCUGUGGCAGGAGCUUGUCCACACUCCUCGAGUGGUCCUUAGGACGCCGCAGUUGUACCCUGUUCAAACAAAAUAAAACCCAACCUUUCCCCUCCUGACCCUUGCUAUAUAUGGCUACCUAGCGUUACGAGGGGGAGAGAGAGUGACAGCCUUUUGGAAGUAACUGGGCCUGCUGUCACUUUCUCUUUCGAGAGAAUACACGGCCCAGCAGCCCAAUAGUACCCGGGGGUCCUACAAAUUCAUGCGACGAUUUCAUGGUACUCUCAUAUGAAUGCAUGAGAUGUCUCAUUGUCUUGCUUUUACUAUCUGGUAAUCUGGAACAGGAUGGAUGAAAUCGCAUAAAAAAUUGUUGCCCUUGUUCUGAAUUAGCUAUCGUUUCAUCUUUGCACUUGUCAUCUGCGUAAACAUAUUUUUUUUUCAGGAAACUUAUGUUGAAGAAGGAGUUUGAUUCAACUUACACUGGAUUCACAGAGGACGGUGCAAAAUGGCUGGUGGACAACACUGACAUUAAACUUAUUGGUGAGAAAGAACUGGGCUAUGUUUAUUUCACUGUUUUUCCUUUCUAGAUCUUAUAACUUAAAGUAUUACACUAUGUUUUAGAGGUAUUUAUCAAUUAAUCCGCAUUGAAACUGCUGAUAGAUAAUUCCUAGGUGUAUGCUGGUUGUUAUAUCACUGGAAAUAACUUGGCAUAGUAACCGUUUCAUUUUAUAUUUCGGAAGGAUUUCCAUGGGAUUUGCACAACUAGUUUCUUCGUAUAGCCAGCAUGGUGUGAUUUAUGAUUUCGUAUCCUAGUUUUACACCAGCUUGGUAGCUAAUGUGAUAUUAUGCCAUCCCAUAGGUCUGAGAUUUCAUGUACCCAUGUGAUUUCACGUCUUCUCUUCUCAAUUUUACUGAUGAUGUCUUCCCUGAUUACUUCCUUCUUUUGUCAUGUUGGUCGUAGGAAUUGAUUACUUAUCAGUUGCUACUUAUGACGAUUUGAUCACUUCUCAUCUCGCUCUGCUUGAAAACAGGGUAAGAAAAAGAUUCCUGUUAAUACUCGACUUUGUAGUUUUGAGUUCUUCUAAAUUCCUCUGGAAUUUAAACUGCAUUUUCAGUAUAUUUAGUUUCCUAUUUUAUAUAUUAUUUUUGUGACAUCAUCUGGGCCGUCACUCUUUCGUUAAACAAAUUUUUUGGAUGCUACAUGAGGGCCAUUAUCUGCUUGCCCAGGCGGUUUGGAACAACACAAUGGAUUUCAAAAAUAAGGGAAAUUUCUUUUUCUGGAUGAUCUCCUGGUGAUUGAUAAAACUUGGGAGAGGAAAGUAGUGGAUUGGCUGUGACAGGUUUAGUGCUAAAGAGGACCUUGGAGACAAUUCAAGGCGGAGAGAAGUGGGAAAAAUUGGCUUUUCACAAUUAAUUAUAAUUAUUUAGAUUCUCCCAUUUCUUUUCUUCUGAUUGCUUCUGAACCAGGCAGAAAGAGAUGGUAUCUGAUUACUGCGCAAACGGGAAAAAUAGGAAGUGGAAAACAAACCUCCGCAUUUAUCUGAAAAUUCUCAUCACUUUGUUAGUGGGCAGCAAAGUUUCGACAAUGGGACUCUAGUAAGUCAAACUUGGUUAUCAUCGUUGAAUGUAGGCGGGAGAUUCUUCAAAGGCAUCGCUCUCCUUCAUUCAGUCAGGCUCGUUAUAAGUCAACAAUAUCUUUCCUCUCAUCAACCAUAUGAUUCAGUAUUUCAUAAAUGCUAUCUGUUGGAUGCGGUUCAGCUAUCAAGAAACUUGGAUCAGUGAAGUUCAUUAACGUUCGGGCACAUCUGGAUGUUAAGCUGAGUGAUUGAUUAGCCAAGGAAAAACUUUAAUGACGGCGAGGAUGGCUUCAGAAACCCUGAAGCUUUCACCAUAUCAGGAACUUCCUGAUGAUACUCACUACUCUUUUCCCAUAAAUAUACUUCAAAUAGAUCGAUCUUCACAAUUUGUUUUCUUAAAUACUUGAAAGCAUACUGGUUAGCCUCAUAAUCAAGAUCAAUAGUGGGCCCUACCUGCUCCCCAUGCGGGAUGUGCUCUGGUUUCGAGUGGGUCCUGGUUCUUCAUUUAAACUGCAUGUUUCUGCUCUUAGUUCUACUUGUAAACUAGAAUCUUGCUUUGCAUGGUUAUAUAAUUAUUUCUUUUAAAGCCGUUGACCAUGGUGUUGGAGCCAUUCAGGACAUCAUCAUCGUGGAGGGUCUAAAGCUCGGAGACGUAAAGCUGGGGAUUUACUCAGUUCAUUGCCUACCUCUUAGGUUGCUAGGGGCUGAAGGGUCUCCAAUCAGGUGCAUCCUCAUUAAGUAG